UUUCCUGCCAUUAUCAAAGCUUGCUUUCUCGCACUGAUUAUGGCUGCUCCGUUGGCCAGGUCUCUCUCAAAGUCCUGCAGACAGAUCUCUGGAUCAUGGGGGGGUGCAUGCCAGGCUGGAUGGAGGAGCUGGUCCACCAAUGCUGCCCCAGAUGUUCACUCAGACCAAGCAGGCGGUAUGGUCUCCUAUCCUCCACUUCAAACAUAUUCAGAGGAGGAGAGCAUGAUGAGGGAUGCAGUUAAGAAAUAUGCACAAGAGCGCAUUGCUCCUUUUGUGUCAAAGAUGGAUGAAAACUCUGCCAUGGACAAGGAAGUGAUCAAAUCUCUCUUUGAACAGGGUCUCAUGGGCAUUGAGAUUGACCCAGAGUACAACGGCACUGGCUCCUCAUUCUUCUCCUCCAUUCUGGUCAUUGAGGAGCUGGCGAAGGUGGACCCCUCUAUGGCUGUGCUCUGUGACAUCCAGAAUACACUGAUCAACACACUGUUUGCCAAACUGGGUACAACAGCUCAGAAAGAGCAGUACCUCAGCCGACUGUCAACUGACAUGAUUGGAAGUUUCUGCCUCUCUGAAGCAGAGUCGGGGAGUGAUGCCUUCUCUCUGAAGACGCGUGCCGAAAAACACAAGGACUAUUAUAUCAUCAAUGGAUCCAAGAUGUGGAUCAGUAAUGCAGAGCAUGCAGGUGUUUUUCUAGUGAUGGCAAACGUCGACCCCUCUUCUGGAUACAGAGGCAUCACCUGCUUCAUAGUGGACCGGGACACGGAGGGGCUUGAGAUUGGCAAGAAGGAGAACAAGCUUGGCCUGCGUGCGUCCUCCACCUGCCCUCUUAACCUCGACAAUGUCAAGGUACCAGAGAAGAACAUCUUGGGCCAGAUCGGUCAGGGGUACAAGUACGCUAUCGGAAUGUUGAACGAGGGCAGGAUUGGAAUUGCUGCUCAGAUGCUUGGGCUGGCACAGGGUUGCUUUGACAACACUAUUCCUUACACCAGACAGAGAGUGCAGUUUGGAAAACGCAUAUUUGACUUCCAGGGCAUGCAGCACCAGAUAGCACACGUAGCAACACAGAUUGAAGCUGGUAGGCUGCUGACCUACAACGCUGCUCGUCUGAAGGAAGCUGGGAGACCUUUCAUUAAGGAGGCCUGCAUGGCUAAAUACUUCACUGCAGAGGUUGCAACACUAACCACAUCUAAAUGCAUCGAAUGGAUGGGAGGGGUAGGCUUCACCAAAGACUACCCCAUAGAGAAAUACUACAGAGACUGUAAAAUUGGCACCAUUUAUGAGGGCACAACCAAUAUUCAGCUAUCUACAAUGGCAAAGUUCAUUGACAAAGAGUAUGAUCACUGAAACCAACUGACUGGAUGGAUCGCAAACCUGUGUUACACUCCGUAUUCUUUUUUCUUUUUGGGGGGAUUUUGGGGAAUGCAUUGCUGUAGAUCUGCUUUUAUGUUGCUCGAGUUUUAAUGCAGUCAUAGAUGUCUGUUCCUAUUAUCACCAAUGUCUACUCUUGUUAAGUAGUUUGCACUACUUAUGUUACUGAUGCUGUGGUAAAAGUUCUCUAGCUUUAGGUUUAAAGUUGCUCUGGUACAAAAAAAAAAAUUUCUAUUACUUUCUAUCAGACCUUUCCAGAAGUCUAGGACUAACACAGUGAUGUAGAGCUGUACCGCUUCCCUCUUGUUCAUACUGUUUCUUCUUCUGCUUAUUGAGAGAUGAUGAUUAAUGAGAGAUGACAUCACAACAAAACUGAUCCAUAUGUUUAAUAUUAGAAUUUUGAAAGCUAUUUUUGGGGUUUUCUUUGAAUGUCUCAGUGCCUUCAGAGGGAUGGCUGGGGAUGAGAUCAAUCACUUGAAAGAGUGUUGUCUUCACAGGCCCUCAAAAAUGUGAAUUCUAACAUUUCACUCACCUUUUAUGCUCCAUUAAUACUGUACAGUUCCUUGUUUGGGGAAUUAUGGAAAUUAAUUCACACCAUAUAAAGAAAUAGUCUGUAUCGAGCCAUAUGUAUCAAUAAAUAAAGCUGCACGGUGGUGUAGUGGUUAGCACUGUCGCCUCACAGCAAGAGGGGCCCGGGGUCAUUUCCCGGGCUGGACAACCUUCUGUGUGGAGUUUGCAUGUUCUCCCCGUGUCAGCGUGGGUUCUCUCCGGGUUCUCCGGCUUCCUCCCACAGUCCAAAGACAUGCAGCUUAGGUGCAUUGAAGACUCUAAAUUGCCCGUAGGUGUGGAUGUGAGUGUGAAUGGUUGUCUGUCUCUAUAUGUCAGCCCUGCGACAGACUGGCGACCUGUCCAGGGUGAACCCUGCCUUCACCUAUUGACAGCCGAGAUCGGCUCCAGCACCCCUGCGACCCUUAACUGGAUAAGCAGGUUCCGUAAAAUGGAUGGAAUGGAUGGAUGGAAUAUCAAUAAAUAUGAAGUGUGUUGUAUUGCAAUUGACCAUCUUUCUUUUUGUUGUGACUGAGGUAGAUUAAUCCGGAGCACUGCCACUAGAUGGCAGCAUUCUCCAAAGUGACAACAGCAGCUUCUCACUGAGAGAAGAGUCGGUUACCAAGGCGUUUGACAGCCUGUCACAUCUAAUGACAUUUUAUAUCAGUUUAAUUAGGCUGGUGCUUCAGAUGAAAAGAGCCUGAAUUGCAUAAUCGACUCACUGAUCAUUUUUCAGGUGAGAUUGAUUACAAAUCCACGGCCUACAUGUGCUGUGUCCAAGUACACAGACCGGUAAUAGCAAUAAGAACCCCUUGUUAUAAUGAAGUGUGCAAGGUAUCAGUUUAACAAAAAGCCAAUAAUCACUGACCGUACUUAAUGAUAGUUAUUAACAGGGAUGAAAACAUUCCUGUUUGAUGUCUAAUAUGUAUCCCCAUGAAGUUUAUGGAUAACAUUUGUUAUUUUAACAGGGAAAUAAAAAAGCUCUCUUUCUCUUUGGUGCCCCGAAAAACUAUACUUCUUACACUAUACAAAGAUAAGAGAGCAGAGAAAAAGUAGACUGCUUUUUAAAAGCUAAAGAGACAAAUAUAUAAAGAUCAUAUCUGCUGACAAAGUGUUUAAAAAAUGUCCCAUUUUUGCUUUUGUUAAAUGCACUCGACAAGAUGUCUAUCCUAAUUCUGUUUAGUAUUGUCACCGUACGAUUUUAUUUACUGACAUUCAGUGUCACCCAUUUACACCAGAUCAAACGCAACAGAUAUUAUUUUAAGAAAAAAAUAUAAAGUAUCAUUUAGGCGUUGGGCAUCACUGAUAGAUGAUCCGACAUGAGUAGAGUCUGUAUUUUACUGAUGGUGUAAUAAGAUAUAAACAUGAGAGGUUCAAAUUAAAUGAACACAGAGAAUGAAAUGUUACUAACAUGAUCAGCACCAUGUUUUGCCCAGACAUUUACAAAAUCUCUAAAACCACAAAAAUUGAAAACAGGCCUGCGUUUGCAUCAUUGAUUGAGUGUACUUUGUUUCCCCCUCUGUCCACUCAGACUUGCUCUGUCCAUUGUGCAAUCCCCUGUUUAAUGAGUAAAUCUGAUGGAAACACAGCUAUCUGCUAUUCACUUAGGAUAGGCUGCACAGCUCAACUGGCCUCUUUCUCCGCCCCCAUCUUUAACACAGCUAUGAGACCUCUAAUUAUGCAGGGAUUCAAGUAGCUUUUCACAAAACACAGUGUUGUCCUUUAGAGCUGGAGAGCGCUCCGUGAGCUAAAAGGACAGAGUGGAUGUUUGUAGGUUGAGCAAAUUCAAUUUGUCUGAUUAGUUCUCUUUCUUUUUCAUGCAUUCCAUGGUGUGUUUUAUGUAUUUCUUUGGCCAUAUUCACUGAUUAUGCAAAUUUCCCUGU